CUCCUCCCCCUGUCUCAUUCUGUAUCUCCCUCCUAUCACUCCUCUUCACUUCAUUUCUGAUGGAGGAAGUUGCAGAAGCAGAGACCAGUUGGUUUGAUGAUUUCGAUUACUCUCAAGUGGAGAUCAUGAGGGAGCUGCAGGAGGAUACGAGCUCCCAGUUCAUCUCUUCCGAGGUUGCAGAGUCCCAGUCUGUUGCACAACAGGAAUCGAUCAUCAACAAGCUCAUCUCUGCAGCCUACUCAGGCCCAACCAUCAGUGACAUCGAAAGUGCACUGUCGCUCACCUUCCAGAGUGGUGACUCCAGUGGCCGGUGCAGUGCUCGACCCAUUGUUUGUUCACCGGACAAGGGCCUGGGCAAGAUGGAGCACAAGUAUGUGUUCAGAAUCAAGACCUGCGGCAAUGGGCUUGAUGAUGAUGGCUACAAAUGGAGGAAAUACGGGCAGAAAUCUAUCAAGAACAGUCCCAAUCCGAGGAGUUACUACAGAUGCACCAACCCGAGAUGCAAUGCCAAGAAGCAAGUGGAGAGGUCCAUGGAAGACCCAGAACUGCUCAUCGUCACGUACGAGGGCCUUCACCUUCACUACACCUACUCCCAUCUCCUCUUCACUCGGCCGCAGGAUUACUCCGACACCGGUCUCCAUGUAGCAAAGAAGCUCAAAUGCCAGUCCACUGCGGCGGAGCCUGCAAGACAGAGCCCACCGGCGAUUCGGCAGUCGCAACCUGCGGUGGAUGGGACAGUAGUAGGCCCACCUUCUGCAGGUCAAGUUACUGUGGAGGAUGUUCUGCAGCAUGGACUACUGGACGAUGUGUUGCAGAGCUCAGAAGGACUGCUGGAAGAUGUUGUGCCCUUACUGGUGAGAAAGCCAUGCAACUCCACCACCUCAUCAUAUGACCCUUGUCCUUCGUCUCCGGCAUCUUCUCCGUCCUACUCUUCCCUGUCAUGGACCACCGGCUCGGCCUUCCUUGACCUGGAUGUUCUUUCUACCAUAAUGUGAGUGCCAAGUUGGUAGCAGUACAUGCGCAGAGGGUUUAGCAUCAUGUGA